AAGCAGACUUAAAAAGCAUCAAUAUGGCGGCCUGUUCAACGGCAGGUGUGAGAAGUGUCGGCCUGAACUCGGGAAUAGCCAUGAAGGACUGCUACUCGCAAAUUAAAGGAGGCGAGAAAAUAUGCAGCGGAGAUGCCAACUGCCCGUUUAUCAACGGCAACGAUUCGGGCCAGGGCGAGGAGCGAUGGCUACAGUCCCUCCGCCAGUUCCACAGCGGGCGGAAUCUCCAAAUGGUUCAUCUUUCGCCGUCAGUCACCGAAAAGGAUAUCAUUGAUUUCUUCCAACAAACCGGGACCCUGGUGAAGAAGGUAGAAAUAAACAGGAGGACGCAUAUAGCGCGCAUGAAAGUGGACAGCUCGUACGAGUUCGACCCGCUGAUCCGGCCUUGGAACUUCCCGCGCACCCUGCUGGGCACGGACGCCAAGCUGAAGAUGGGCAGCAGCGACAGCUUCCUGUGCGUGACCAACUUGCCCACCAACUGGACGGUGAAACAGUUCCAGGAGCUGUGCGAGAAGUUUGGGCCUGUGGUGCGCUGCUUCCUCAUCUACCAUCACGCCACGGACGAGAGCCUGGGCUUCGGCCUGGUCGAGUACUGCAGCCGCGCCGUCGCCUGCCAGGCCAAGAACCUGCUGCACAAGAAGCAGGUGGCCCAGGGGGAGAUCCACUGCGACUGGCUCGAGCACAACCUGGUGAACUACGCGGACCUGUAUCCGCGCUGCCUGUACGUGGGCAACCUGCCCACAACCUUCUGCGACAUCUAUGCCUUCAGGCAGCUUUUCACGACCGUGGCCAGCCCCACCUACUGCCAGCUGUCCAUCGUAAACGGCGUACCACAAGGCUUUGGCGUAGUGGAAUUCCGUCUGCACGAGGACGCUCGCAAGACCAAGGAGCUGCUCCACGGCCACUGCCUCAACGGCAACCGCCUCAACAUCCUUUUCACCUCCCCUGGCGUGAGCGCCUACAAGCUUUACAAUCGCAUUAUCGAAGAACAGGCUAAGAAGCUGGAAAAGAACAAUGGUAUCAUUCAGACGCCUCAACUCUCGCCCGCUCUGCUCGCUCAAUUCUCGGUCGUGCAGAACUCAAAGGUGGCAAAGACGUUCCAGAAGGCCAUCAACCUCAAGGGCAAAGGGAAGAACGCGUCUCAGGUUUCGACGACUGCGGCGAGUAACCACGCACUCAUAGCACUUCAGAACUUCUUCAACCAGCAGAUUUGCACUCAACAGGCCCUGCCCCAUGCUGUGUUGAUGCAGGGCCAGAUGGCGCUUGGCCUGCCGGCGCCCCCGUCCGAGGCCGGCCAAUACGAGGGCCAGCAGCCCGGCUCGGCAGCCUCGAGCAGCAGCAGUGGCAGCGGGGAGGAGAAGGCCAAGCAGGCGGCGGAAGACGGCGGCUCGCCCGAGGAGCGCCACAAGCGCAAGGGCGAGCCCGUCUACCAGCCCCAGUGUCCACUUAAUUAUUCCACCAUGGAUAAUUCUAGUAAGCACCCCAGCUGGGCCUUUGAGGCAGGCGCCUGCCAGCAGCAGCAGCGCCAGGGAACGUACCCGCCCCAGCCGCAGCAGCAGCAGCAACAGCAGCAGCAGCAGGUCGAGGCCAACAACGAAGCCAUCAACAUGUCGAGCGAGAGCCGCGACCAGCAGAGCCCCCCGGGGGCAUCUUGCAGCUGGCAGUCGGCGUGGGCGGCGGGAGGACAGCAGUCUCAGGAGCAGUCGGGUCAACCCAUCAUGCAGCAGGGGUCCUCCUAUGACAAGCAGGAAUCCGAUAUGUCCCCAUCAGACCGUAAGCGCAAGGUGCACCAGCUGAUGCCGUCGCCCGAGCCAUCACCCGAGCACGGCUACAUUGGCCAGCACUCGCAGGCGCUCGGUGGCCACUAUGCCGACUCAUACUUCCGCUACAAGAAGAUGAAGGUGGGCACUUAAGGCCCGCCCACCUCCCCCCCUCAAGCCCCGCGCCUCCUCUCUAUCGCCCCCUCCAACAACGCCACCGGCCUCAGCACACCCGGCUGUGGCAAAUGGCAGCUCUGCUGAGGAGUUCCAUUUCGACCAGGAGACGACGAGCAAAAUCUGAGCAACGCAAGUUAGUUUCGGUUCCGAAUUUAUUUUAUGAUCUUUUCGGUUCCUGCGAGCAUUGGUCCGAUUUGCCUUGGGAAAGAAGAAAAACGAAGCAGCUUUAAUCCAGGCUGUUCUCUGAGGGAACUUCCUUAUCCUGUCUGUCGUGUUGAGACCCUGCCACUCUGUUCGCUUCUGCCUUAGUUGCUUGCCAAUGGUGUUGCAUUGUCCGGAUGGCAAGGCUUGCCACUCCGUGGCUGAGUUGUUGGUUUCUGUCUCGUCCACGCUUCUCUCAUUAGCGUUCCUGCCCACACUUACGUUCCGUUUUUCAACAUUAAGCGUGCCUUGUUGAUACGCAGUUAUCUUCUGAUAUUCACCGCGUAUUUCGAGCACGCCUGUUGCCUCCGGCAUUUCUCAGCAAGGCGGGAACUAGGGUGUGUUGGAGGGGGAACUGGGUUCGUAGCAGGGCAGGUCACGGUCCUAGCGGGUCUUGUGGUGGCGGGCAGGUCACCGGGAGGGGCGCAACGCACUGGUGUCGACGGAAUUUGUUGUCGACGCCAAUGACGACAGAACAAAGAUGAAAACAAUGCUCUUCCGCCUCCGGCUACCCCCCACCCCCCUUUUUCUGCGAGCUCGCAGGCAACUCCCCAUUUUCCUGCCGGAAGGAACUUUAUAUACACACAUGCUAAAAACAAAAUGCAUGGAGAGAGGCCACGCGCCGCAUGGCGCAUUCAGCGUCAUUGUAGUUGUCGCGAAGCAUUUGCGUUGCAAAACUGACGCAACAUGAGAAGUAAGAGACGUCGUCGACGGGCGGAUGCGCUUCCACCUGCCAGGCAGCAUUGGCAGCCUGACGGCAGCAAUUUCCCAUUUUUCGCAAAGAAAGCACUGGGAGGGAAAGCAUGCCCUGUUGCCUAGCUUUUCCUGGCGUUCGUUGGUUGAGGUCUUGGGGGCUUUUGCUUUAAUCGCUUGCCCCGAGAAGUCCCUCUCCCCCAUUGCCCUUCUACGUCGCGUGGCUCUCUCGCUUUAACCUGCUCCCGGCCCAGUGAAGCCCCAUCUCUGUCGACAACCCCUCAGUGUUAUCUUCGUAGUGGCGAGCGCGUCACAACCUUGUGCGAGCGCCAUAGAGGAUUCUAUUUAUUUCCCUCGUCGAGGGGAGAGGGAGCUGGAUUUAAAAGAAACAAGAAAUGAAAGGGUGAAGGUGGGACGAAGCGUGCAAAAUGCACCGGCACGAGAGAACGUUGUGGAGAGCCUCCUUUUUCUGCAAAACUAGCCAUCAAAGUGUUUUUUCUCACACGGAGAACAGGAGCGGCAGCGUUGGACGAACCUAUGCAGAUGACACUUCCAGAGGCAGUCCUGCCGUUUUCACGUCUUCUCUCUCUCGCUUUUCUUUUGGACUGUUAGGUUUCAGCGUGCCACAUCGCCGAGGUACCGGGCGAAGACUGGCGCGUUGUCGUGCACACUCUUUUGUUCGUCGUGUAUAGAGCACCAACAGCGAGAGAGAGGGGGAAUCGUUUUUGGAGUUUCCAGGUGAGGCGUUGUUGCAAAAACCUCUUCUUCCCUCGCGGACGCAACAGACCCCCGCUUUUCUGGCAUUUUAUGCACUGCUUUUUGCAGAAACCCUCAACAUUGUAGCCUUGCUACCUGUAAGGAAGGAGAAAUUGGCGGAGGUGAUGCUCUCUCCUUUUUUUUUUUCUGUCUCUCACGCGCGCAUGAUGGUGUUGUUAUUUUUUUUUCUUCGUACAAGAGUCGUAGCAUAGAAGCAUUUCGUCAGCGCGCGCAUUUUUCCAUUAGAGGGGUUGUUCCUCUCACCACUAAGAGCAGUUAGCAACACAAAAACAAGGCCGCAAAGCCAGGCCAUUGCAGCGUAUUUUGUCGGUGUUGUUACUGUAGCUGGUCCCUUAACUGUCGUUUUUUGCAUUUUGUUUGUUGUCUCACAUAGAGGCUCUUGGAUAACUGUUGCGUCCUUUCUUCGCUGUUUUCGCAAUUUCCAGGGGUCAGCAUAGCAAGUUGUGCUCCUUUCUCAUAAGCAACGUGUUUUCUCUUUUGCACCUCUUUCCCUUUCCUCGCAUUUGUAGAGAUCCUAACCUUUGUUUGUGAGUUCAUAUUCUUGGUUAGUUUUUUUGUUUUUUGUUCUUGUGGUGCGUACAAAAAGGGCGACGAGAUAACGAUGGAUUGUGGUUCUGUUGCCGACGAUUUACCGCGGCAGUGACAGUGGUUCCUUUAUUUUCAUGUUUUCGUGUUUGCUUGUGUGUGUGUGUCGUUUUUGCAUCGUUUUGCCGCUGUGAUGAGUUAACGGUGCGCGUGUGUGCGCGAGUGCUGUGUGCGUCUGUAGGGGCUCUGGUCACUACUCGUCUGUUGUUUGUAAUGGAGCCCUGUAUGUGUGUGUGUGUGUGUGUCGGCGUUGGGAGUAGUAGCUCUAGCAGGCAUCCCGACAGGAAGGUGCGCGAUGUAAGACACAGGAUACCUCGCAGUGUCUGUUCUGGGUUCUCACCCAGCCUCACCCCCUCCCACUCACUUGUUCUACCUUUUUUUUUUUUCUUCUUUGAUCUUGUCUGACGCUGAAUCUUCCAGUGUGCGUAGCAUAGACCAAAAUCAAAUGUUUUUGAAACGAUUUCUUUUUCACCCGCGCUUGCUAUUUCUUGUCGUUUCCCAAGUCGAGUAUGUGUCAGUUGCACUUCCUUACUUGAUCGUGGUCAGUCAUUAGCAGCGGCACUGUGUUUUUAAUAUUGUUUUAUGUGCCCUCUGUUACUUUUCUUUGCGUCCAGUGUCGCGAAUGAAGCCUGGUGAAUCAUUACAGUGUGUUUUAUCGUGUUCAGUGCUUUGAUUUAAAUCUGCACAUUCAUACCUAGCGUUUUUCUUAUUGUGGAAAGAUGAAGCAUCCUUGGUCCUGAAAGCUGUUUUUCUCAUAUUGUGUUGGCUGUUUUAUCACAUUUUCAUUGUCGCAAUGCUCCUCGCUUCUUGUUUCUUGGUUGUUUUGCUGUGUCUUGAGUUGCACAUGACAAGCAAUGCAUGCAUUUGGUGCGUAAUUAACCUGUAGCUAUGCUGCUUUGGUUACCGUACUGUACAUAAUCCAUUUACGCACCUCCUCCCCGGUUCGUUGUUCCUCGGGAACAGACAGCCGAGGCGAUGGGUCGCAUCAUCGAGACGUGCUUUUUAGCAAUGCCCAUGUAACCUACGUUUCUUGCCUCGUCAUCGACGCGGCCAAGUAUUCCGUGUCUGGAAAUAGGCAGCCCGCAGCAGUGUAGUAGCUCGCAUAGCUCGUUUCACAAUAACGGUUAGCACUGUAUCUCUCUCUCUCGGCUCUUGUCUAGUAGAAGCACGCUUGUGGCUUUUUGGCGGAUGACCUACCCCUCUUCCUCUACGAAUCCUCCCUUUCCCUCGUGGUGUACAUUUAUGCUCUUGCUUUGUACAUGCAGUAAGUACUCCCUCCACCCCCACCCUUGUACUAACUGUUCAACGCUUGGUCCAAUCAGGGUUUUUUAGUAGUGCCAUACAUGUGUAAAGUCGCACGCUACCAAGUAUCGAGUUGCAGAAAAGUUCUUCAUAAGUGCAGACGCAUGUUGGUUGGUGUUUCACUCCCUCGCUAACAUAUUUACAGUGCCGUUGUUCUUUUCCGUGACUCGUUAGGUACUUUUUUUCCGGUGCUCUCAUAUAACAUGCAGUGUUGGAGGGCUGUGGUGGGCAUCGAUCUUCGAAACGAGCAUGCAAACUGCUUGAGUAACAAAAUAUUCUUCCAGAGGUGUGUUUAUUGUUUUUCUUUGUAACUUUCUUACCUUUUCUCGCCGCCGCUAGUCGUGUUUAUCCCCCCUCCCCUUACCCUCCUCUGCUAUGUGCAACGUAUACUCAUUUGUAUCCAUUCAAUGUAUAUAAUUAUCAGUCAAUGUUACGUUUCAAGGAAAUAAACAGUCCAGUACUCCCAAA